GACACUACUCUUCUUUGGUCGUUUGCAAGGCUGCUUGGUAGGUGGCUGUGUUUCGUGUUCAAACGUUCGUUAUUUCGCAGAGACGAUGUUGCAAAUGCUCUGCUGGCCGUGAACCGUGGGCAUCCCUCACCGCUUCUUUUCUGGGAUCAACGACGGCGCUCGAGAGAAGCCCAACGAUAAGUGCCCUCGGCGUUAUCACCAUGAGGUUUAUUGAUUCAUAUACUUCGAACAAUAAUGGCUUCCAGCUCGACAUUGUCGGUUUCCUUGCCAUCCUUGGAGAAGGUUCCGUCGAAACCGUUGCGCAGGUUGCUACGUUAAGCUACCUCGUCUACCUCCCUCGCCUGAUCCCGGCUCCUCAAAUCUUUAUCCGACCUUCGAGACCGGAGAAACUCGAAACCACCGCGGGAGCAAAAGUGAUCGGGGUGCACUCGGGCAACACUGGCGAGGACAUACACCAUGUGGCCCAUGCGCUACAUCGCGGGGAUAAGCUAACCCCUAACACUGUCACUUGUGUAAGGGUCAGGGAGAAUGAUAAACCUCGGCCGUCAAUCAAGAGAUUCGGCCCAUUAGCCAUGUUGGCGUGGAUGGGUUUUGCUAUGAGUGCGGUCUUGCUGGGCCUCUCUAUAUUUUGGGAGGACGGCAUGUCUUUGUUGGCCAUCGCACUCCUGUCUGCCUUGAGUACCAUGACUGGGAUCGCGAACAAAUGGUCCCCAACACCCAAUGACCCCAAACCUGACCCGCACUCUCCGCCUGGUGAUGUCGUGAUCAAAUACCCGCAGGGUGCCUUUAUUGUGGUCAAGUGCGACGAACGAACGGCACGAUACCUAUAUUUCAAUCCGAGCGAGCGGUGCAUUUACUCGGUCGGAAGUACAGCCAUAUACAGAGGACUUUCUUUGAUAUCGACCUUGUUACUCAUGGGCGGAGUUAUAUCACUGGCUAAUGCGCGGAUUGAGACGCAAACGGCCUUUGCUGGCGCGUACAUGCUUGUUAAUAUCUUCUACUGGAUUGGGGCUGCGCUACCUCCUGCUCAGCACUGGGACCUGUCCCGGUUGGAAGUCGACCACAUCGAAGUCCAUGGAGGUGCUCCGCCUCGAUCCGCCAAGAUAGACAAUGUGUCUCCAACGUACACGGAGGCUUUGUGGAAGGCCAUUGCAGUCACUGGAACCAGUAAUUGGGUGAGAGAGGCCGGCUGGGCCCCGAGGACACCAGCAUGGAACGACUGGCUCAAUGAGGCCGAGGAGGCUGCUCUCGGCGAGCCUUUGAAGUCGAGUCAGAAGAUGGUCGAUGGGAGAGAUGUUGAAGUUUGGACGAUCCGCAAUUGGGACAGUAGAAGUGCCUUGUCGACGCUGUUGCGAACCACGACGGACAGAGCCACCAGGUCACCCACUGUUCGAUCGCCCACGAAUGAGAACAAGGGUAAUUUCUGGAACGAUCCACGGAGUCCUUAGACGAUGCAGCCAUGCUUGGGUCUUCUCAGUGAACGGGCCUACGAAUGUGUCAGGGUGGCUGAUGAAAAAAGAGUAUGAAUCACGAAACAGUCCCCAUGAACGAUUGAUGAUAUGAUGUGACGAUCUAUGACUACAGAAAAAUGGCAUACGAAGAAUGAUGAUCAUAGAAAUGACAUAUAAUGAUAUUUCAUGAAGAGUGACGAGUAGGCAUUCAUUUUUCACUCACA